CCUUCCGAUGUUAGCCAGACCAGCGGACAGAAGCAGUGCAUCGAUAUCGAUCAAAGUAAUAAUAGUCUUAGAACACAGGAUUGUGCCUCUCAAACACAAAACCAGAAUUGUGAUCAUUUGUCUGAAGAAUUGAGAGAUGCUCUCAAGAAAAUUGAUCGUCUGUUUGAUUUAACAAACAAUGUUUACAAUUCUAUAAGUAGAUUGAUAAAGGAAACCCCGGUUCCCUGUGGAAAUUGCAUGUUAGGAAAGAAUGCGUCUGGUUCAGGUGCCCAGUCGAUUUCUGCUGGGGAUAUCGGCGAAAAUAUUAGGAAGUGUAACGAAUUAUCUAUUGAACUCGAAGGUGUUAAGUUAGAUGCCGUAAUAACGGAGUCGAGACUCUCCAAUAAUAUAUACCAGAACAGUAAAGCGAUUGAGCAAAUUCAUAGUCAAAUGAUUAACAUGCAAAAUAUACAAAAUAUAACAACAGAUGAGCGGUCAACCAUCGCGAACAGAGAACAAUCAAAUACUCAUACAAUUAGUAAACAAAACGAAAUCAGUGAAAACCCCUGUAAUAAAUCAGUUGUUCUACAGGAUGAACAGUUUUGUUUAUCACAUGGACAUCAAAGUGAUAAACUACAGAGUAAAGUCAGUAACAAUUCUAAUAGUGUUCGUGAUUAUCAAUGUGAGAAUUCUAAAUCAAACAAUACCGUAGAAGGUAAACUACAAGGUCAACCAUUUAGACGGUGUAAAACCAAAACGACGCUACCUAUGUGUUUGGGAAAUUUGCCUCUAAUUGAGUUACCAUCAUCAAAAAUGCAGAAAAAUAAACAAAGUAAGCUUCCCAAUAAGAAGAAGGUUUACUCGAAGCGAUACAGGCAUGGCUAUUAUGCAAAACGACAAAUUAAUACUCAAUCCCAACGUGGCAUAACUAAAACCACCGAUUGGAUUCCACUCGAUGCUGUGAGUGAAAUUCCCAAGCAUCAAGGGAACCAUCAGACAUCACUCCAUUCCGCUCACCUGACAAAUUUUCGACGGCGCCGUUUAAAUCAUCGACCUCACCCAAAUCACCCCCCUUACCCAAACCUUCGAUACGAUCAAAAUUACCGGUCCCAUCAGAAUCAUCGACCUCAUCAAAAUUUCCAGUCCUAUCAAAAUUUCCAGCCCAACCAUCAACCACAACAAAAUCAGAAAGAUUGGUUGAAUUACCUAGAAUUUGUUCAUGGGAUGAUAAGAAAAAGAACUUAG